AUGUUACCCUACAAAAAGUCGUCCAGCUCAUUCGGCCUGGCCACUAUCCUGUUGGGAUGGGGAGACACUGUCGCCGCAUUCCAUUCCCAGGACUCGUUGCCACAACCCACAUAUUGCAGUUCCGAAGAAGACGGCUCACUACCGGUCGUGUCUGGAUUGACUACCGCGCUCCCGCCGGUCAGUAACCAUACAAUGAAUUCCACGACCACUACUAGUAGGGCCACCAAGCGUUGUGCAGCUAUGCCGUCUGCGGCAACUGGUUAUCCGCUACUUGGUGGCUCGACAGAGGAUGCUUUACCACCAAAGAGAAUGUGUUUAGAAUCGGCAAUUGGUUUCUUGGAUCAGGCUUCGGCAAUGAGUGAUGAUGCCAUUGCAAAGAUCGACAGUGUUGUAGCCGAGGUGCUGGAAGGCUGGGAUGAAGGUGAUGACAUCAUUGCAGACAUCGACGGGAUUGUGGAAGACAUGUUGGGAGGUUGCUCUGAUGCCCUGUUUGGGAGUGCUAAGAAGUCCAAUGCUGAAGAAAUGGGUGAUAAGGUUUGUGUUGGCGUUAAUGAGUCUAUUCCUGCUUUUCAAAUCAUCUCCCCGGAAGAGAAGGAUUGGAUUGUUGAAGCAAAGUAUCUGGUAUGGGCGUAUGACAUACUAAGUCAUGGUUGGUGGCACUUGGUUCCUUUCGAAGUGAAAAAGCCAAUAUCGGUUUUUGGACUUGCUCGAAAGGCUGUUGAGUGGGAGGAAGCGAGGACAGCUAACCCCGCUUUAAAAGUCAAUGUCCUAUUGGAAGCACGUUGUUAUUAUCCCCAUAGCGGCCGAAAGGUACCGUGGAAUGUGGCGCAAUUUCACGAAUGGUUUGUUUCAGCAGCACCAGACGACGUUGGAUUCAGAAAUACGUUUGACCGGAAAGGUGGUAGUUGGUUCAUUGCCUCAAGCCGCGUAAAUGUUGCUUUGCAUGACAUUCUGGACCACUGGCCGGUAAACGAGGUGGACAGUACCCGAUUUGAGAGCAACAUGGUUCGUUGGCGGACACGUUACAGGGCCAUAAAUCGUAAGUCUUUGGAUGGUUCGCCAUUAUCCAGUGCUGCCCGCCUGUCAUGGCGUCAGCUGGAACGGUUAGUCGUCAAAGCGUUGGGAGAUUUACGAGUGCCACUGGACGAAGCCGCGAAGGAAUUCCGAAGGACUCAGCGACGGCAGCGCAUCUGCAAUAAGGUGGCAGUAUUGAAUGGAGGAGUGAUGAAUGAUUCCAGACAUGCUUUGUUAGUUAAGGUUAUGAUGAGCGACUCACCUCCAUCUCAUCUAGUUAAUAUUUCGGGAGACAAAUUUCAGAUAGUCACCGAGCCGGAGACCGAAUUGAGGAUUCCACCACGCUACCUGGUAUGGGCUUACGAUUCUUUGUUUCAUCGCUGGCCGGGUGCUGUACCGGAGGCGGUCUUCUUACCGGGACUGUCAGUUUUCGAUUUGGCUCAGAAGGCUUGGGAGUGGGAGACUAAUGGUGGAAGUAUCUAUACCUUGUCAUCCAGUUGUUAUACAUGCGGAGAGGAUGGCAAUGCUCAUCUUACAUUUGUAAGUUGCGAGAGAUGCGAAAAGCAAUGGAGUCCGGAAGAGUUUUGGGAAUGGCUUCGAUUGAGACACUUUCGACGCAUCUGGGAUCAGCUAAAGAAUCCUGAUCACCCGAAAGAAGAUUCCGACCAGCUUGCAAGUCCACCUGUCGACUGGUACCAAAUCGAUCGACAUCAGGUGUCUGAGAUAAUUAAAGAAAUUGGGUUCGAUGUACCCACAAAGAAGGAUGAAUACACGUUCGAGAUUUCCCAACCACCAGUCGAGAAGUUCUUGCCUGCCAAAGGCUACAGGUCGUUGUCUGGGCGAUUCAGAAACUGGUGGUCGAGACUUCGUGGAGCGUUAAACAGGUCCCGAGACGGGCUUUGUCGAUGGGAACAUGAGCGUUUAGUACUACAUAAAGUUGGUCCGGUUUUAGUUUGGCCUAGUUGGCACACCUCGUUGGAUAAAUCGUAA